CAGGAACAUUUUUCUUUUCUUUCUUGUAAUUUUCUGACUGUGAAGUUCUUAUGUUUAUUAACAGGCAAGGAUCUUUUGAUGAUGAAAAGAAAGAGAUUGUGAUGGUCUCAACAGAGGAAGCUUAUGGUAUGGCAAUGAAAAGCAUGUUGAGAUGGGUUAAGAAAAAUAUGGACCCCAAGAAAACUAGAGUCUUUUUCACUAGCAUGUCACCUUCUCAUGGAAAGAGUGUCGACUGGGGAGGAGAACCAAACGGCAAUUGCUACAACGAGACAAGCAUGAUAAGAGAUCCCAAUUAUUGGGGCUCGGAUUCUCGUAAAAGCAUAAUGCGGGUGAUCGGUCAAGUGUUUGGGAAAUCGAAGGUCCCCAUUACAUUCCUCAACAUCACCCAGCUGUCGAGCUACCGAAAGGACGCGCACACGUCAAUCUACAAGAAGCAGUGGAACCCGUUGACUCCCGAGCAGCUCGCGAACCCUGCCAGCUAUGCAGACUGCGUGCACUGGUGCCUGCCCGGGCUCCAGGACACGUGGAACGAGCUUUUGUUCGCGAAGCUGUUUUAUCCUUAAAAGGGAAGCCUAGCAAGGAUUGAUGUUUAUAUUUGAUUGCGUUUUUUGUUGGAAAAUAGGCGGGUGAAAAUGGAGGGAAAGGAAAAAUGUGUAUAUUUAAUGUUGUGAGUGAAAUUCAUUCGUUUAUUGCAAGGUUCGCGGAGAAAUGGCGUGGACCGGAUGCACAGGCUUGUCUUUCGGAAUAUUCAAUUUUUCGAGACAUGAGCGUUGAGGUUUUCUAGUCCAUUGCCACUCGGUUGAGGCCACUAGACUCUUUGCUCGGUUACGAUAUUCUACUCAAAACAUAUAUUAUCGACUAAUUUGUAGUAGCAUUCAUUCUAGACAUACUAUUAGUCUACUACAAAUGAAAUAUCCAAACAUGGAAAUUCGGAUUGAGAUCAAAGGAGAUCACAAUAAGCUGCAGAUAGUGAAGCCAUGGCAUUUUUCCUCAAUCCUCCGAGAAGCCCUUUUCUCUCCACUUCUCUUGCUAGCUUUCAUCCUCUUUGUCGUCAUUUCCAACUACUGCACGGACUUUUGCUUCAUGCAUGGUCAAAAAGUUCCCAACAAUACUAAUUAUCCCACUAACCGGACCUUAAUCUUACCGCCCGGCAAGACAAAAUGGGAUGGAAAAUUGCCUUUCGCCAUUGGUGGAAAAAGUAAUGUUAGCGGUUGUGAUGUGUUUAACGGGAAAUGGGUUCGCGAUUAUACGGAGCCAUUGUACCAAGAAUGGGAAUGCCCGUUUAUCGGGCCUCAAUUGACUUGCUUAGAGCACGGCAGGCCCGAAAAAGACUACCGUUAUUGGAGAUGGCAGCCUCAUGGAUGUUCAAUUCCUAGUUUUAAUGCGACAUUAAUGCUUGAAGCUCUUAGAGGAAAAAGAAUGAUGUUUGUUGGUGAUUCUCUUAACCGAGGCCAAUUUACAUCCUUGGUUUGUCUUCUUCAAAGUGACAUACCUCAACAAGCCAAAUCCUUUAAAAUGAUUGGUUCCUUUUUUAUAUUUACAGCCAAGGAAUACGAAGCGAAAAUUGAAUUCUAUUGGGCCCCAUUUCUACUUGAAUCGAACUCGGAUAAUCCGUACAAGCAUAGAGUGUCAAAUAGAAUUAUUCGAAAUAAUUCGAUCGACGUGCAUGGACAGCAUUGGGUAGGAGCAGAUAUACUUGUGUUUAAUACCUAUAUUUGGUGGAUAUCAGGAUUGAAGAUACUAUUGGGAGGUUCAUUUGAAGAUGAAGUUAAAGAAACUGUGGAGGUGCCAAUGGAAGAAUCUUAUGGCAUGGCCAUGAAGAGUUUGGUAAAAUGGGUAGACAAAAAUGUUGAUCCUGAAAGAACCAGAGUUUUCUUCACCACCAUGUCACCCACACAUCAA